CAGUUCUGUAGACGCGCGCAGAGCGCACGUAUUCUUCUGACGUCAUAAAACACUGUCUGUAUUAUUAGCAAAGUUUUUAUUUUGCUCAAUAUGAAUGAGUUAGAUAUGAAAUCGUUACCGUGGAAGAUUAAAUAUUUUUAUGUUAUGAAAGGAAAAUGGAUAUUGCAAAAUGAAUGCAUCUAAAAUUUCGGUACAAAGAUAGUAAGGAGAUAGCAGGACAUUUGACAUUGGUUGCUCAUGAGAGGGCCAUGAUGAGAAAUCUUAGGUAGCUAUUGUAUCUAAUCUGUUUCUAGCCAUCCAAUGGGUAAGUGCCUUUCGUGCUGUCCAGCUACUCAGUCAGUUGUCACUCAGAACUGCGAUGAAAAAUUUACUGAUGUUGUCCAAAAUUCUGAAGCAGCAGAUCAUCAACCAGGAAUGAGUACUGGUGAUAUUCGUCGCUCUGAGAAAGGACGUUUUGAGACUCGUGCCAUUCCAAAUGGUACCACUGAAUCAAAUUCUAACAGUAAAAAUCUGAGCUUGACUGAAAAGCUGAUUUUUCCUAUUCUCAGUACAACAUGUAUUGAAAAUAAACGAACUAGUCAUUCUAACCGUGAAUUCUCAGAAAGCAAAAUAUUAGCCUUUUUUGAACAGUACAAAGACCCAAAUGAAAAUGCAGUUCUUGCAGAGGGUAUUGAACGUUUAUGCAAUGACCUCAAUGUUCCAUUAGAAGACUUUCGUGUGCUUCUUCUAGCCUGGAAAUUUAAUGCAAAGCACAUGUUUUGUUUUACAAAAGAAGAAUUCGUCAGUGGUUGCCGAAAUCUGAAAGCUGAUUGUGUCCAAGACAUUCAAGCAAGGUUUCCUGAAAUGAUGGCUGAAGCUCGAUCUCCAGAAAAAUUCAAAGACUUAUACCGUUUCACAUUUAAAUUUGGUCUUGAACCUGAUCAAAGAGUUUUGAUGUCAGAGAUGGCAAUACAGUUGUGGAAGCUAGUUUUCCAUGAAAAUGAACCUCCUAUUCUCCAUCGAUGGCUUAAUUUCUUAGAGAAACAUCCAAACGUGAGAGGUAUAUCUAAAGACACUUGGAAUAUGUUUUUAAACUUUUCUGAAUCAAUUGGUGAAGAUCUAAGUUCUUAUGAUGACACAGCUGCUUGGCCCAGUCUGUUUGAUGAUUUUGUUGAAUAUGAAAAUGACCAAACAAACCAGAAUGUUGUCCCAAGUAAAGAAAAAGGAAUAGUUGAUGUUAAUUAAAAAGGGAGGAUGAUAUGAGUAUGUGCUUGUACAUUUGUACUUAAUGAUAAUGAUUCUGCCUUAUAGUAUAUAUUGUGAUAUAACUGUGACGUGUUGUGAUCUUCGUGAUAUAGUUUUCCUUUAAGCUUGUCACUUUUACAAUGACCAUGGCUGUCUUAUUUUUAGUUUAAAAUUUCUUACUUUCUAUGCAGCUGCUAAUAUUUUUUUAAAGGCGUGGAGUCAUUUUAAAAAUGAUUUCUUGCUAUGAUUUGUGUGUCCAAGCACCUACUGCCAAGUCUCAGUGCCUUUGUUUUUUAAUUCUUAAUUUUAUUUGACCAUCAGACUGGGAUAAUAUUAAAUCUAUGGUGUAUACUCAUAAAAAAUAAUUCUGUCACUUAUGGAUAUCUGUAAAACUUAUGUUUAUGUAAUAUGUUGUUCUCAUUAAAAAUCACUGAAUUUAAUCAUUAAAAUUUCCAUAUCAAGAGAUAUGGUUCAUUUCAUUACAUAAA